UCUACUGCUGAAAGUUAUGAGCAUGCGUAGUGUGAUAGUCGGGAGUCAGAGAAAUAAUUAUUAACUCUGGUUCAUAUAUAAGUGUAAUUAUUAAUUAUUCACUUCCACACAGCUCCAAUAAUUUCACAAUUCUGUAGAUAGUUUUAUUCAAGCUUUGAUUUCUGAGGGGUGUGUCUGCUUAUUGUUUUUUUUUCUAUCGUUAAUAUGACGUUCGUUAGCCACAGAGCUAACUCAGUGACGGCUGCUGAAGCUGGUUAGUACACACGCUGAGAGGACAGUUACCUGAGGUGUUUUUUUAUUAUUAAGCCCCGCCUCUUUUUCGUCGACUUGAGCUUGAUGUUGGAGAAUUACUAAUUAUUCAUGAGAAUGUGACGCUUGGAGGCGGAGCUUCAUGCGAAGGGAGGCGGAGUCACGCAGAUCCUUUAGUGCACCCUGAGAACCCUGCUCUGAUCAGAAGAUGAUAGAAAUGUCAGAGACUGUUUUACCGGGAGACGCAGUUUUACCCCAACCGCAGCCAGAACUUUGCAGAAAUGCUGCUGAAACACCCGACCUCAUCGUCAAGGCAGAUGCUGAGGAGAAUGGGAACCGAACUGGUGACAUCGACGUGAUGCAAAACCAAAAUGGCUUCCACAAUCCUAAACCCCUUCAGCAGAGAACAAACAAACGUCGCAGCACAAUAAGCGGAGGAUUUAAACAUCCCAUGUUCGGGAAACGCCGCCGCCGGGCCAACUCGGAAAGUGAAUCCGUCCUGCCUACUAACUUUCUGCUGGGUGGGAACAUCUUUGAUCCGCUCAACCUCAACAGCUUAUUGGACGAGGAAGUGAACCGGGCUUUAAAUGCAGAGACGCCAAAAUCCUCUCCGCUCCCGGCCAAAAGUCGGGAUCCGGUCGAGAUCCUGAUUCCGAGGGACAUCACGGACCCGUUAAACCUGAACGGCUGCACCAGAGGAGACGCAGGAAUCGUGCUGACUCCUUUCAAAAGCGGUGGUGGACGGAGGAGACACCGGAACCGUCAUCAUGGAGGAAUAGCAGCGAGAGGAGGUGUGGGACAAGGAAGAGACGGUGUAGAAGGAGGAACAGGAAGUAGAGACGGUGUAGAAGGUGGUGAAGCGCCGGCCAUGGUGCUCAACCAAUCAGAAAGGUGUUUAGGCUCAGACUCGGAACGCACGUUAGCAUCCUCUGGGAAUAGUCUUCAGAACGACCCUGACAUAGAAGCUGUGAUAAAAGAAGAUGUGAUGGAGUCAAAUUUUGUGGCAAAACAGGAAGUUCAUGAAGAAAAAGACACCACACAGACACCUGCGGCACACACAUCACAUCGGCAACGCAAACGGAAGCGCAGCAGAUCGGAGAACACCACCUGCCCGUGUUCAGAUAAGAACCGAACGACAGGCUCAGAAAUGGCGCAGCAUCCUCCCCCUCCUAACCAGCGGGGGCAGCAGAGGAACAACUACAAACAGAACCCAAGGAACUGCAAUCUGCAAAAACCAAACCAGCAGAAGAAGAAAUUUCAGUACGGGAACUACAAUCAGUACUAUGGUUACAGGAACCCGGGCGCGUGCGAGGACGCUCGGGUCCGCGCUUUUAAACCAGUGUGGUUCCAAGGAAAGGAAGUGCUGGAUGUAGGCUGCAACACCGGGCACCUGACUCUCACCAUCGCCAAACAUUGGCGGCCGGCACGCAUCGUGGGUCUGGACAUAGACGGUGCGCUGAUUCACGCGGCGAAACAAAACAUCCGGCAUUAUCUCUCAGAAGUGCACACGCUCCAGACGAGAAAGGAGCGAAGCAAUGUCAAAACGUCAACUGAGACACCGGAAAAGACGACGAAGGAAAGAGGAGAAGACGGAGAGGAAAACAGAUCUAAAGAUCCCAGCGUAAAAGGAGGAACGGAGGACGGGAUCAGUAAGAUGCACGGGAUCGAGGAAUCGGCAUCGCCCGACGGGAACCGCCUAUUUCCUGUUUCUCUCUGCAUCUCCCGAGGACCAAUCGCUGCUCCUCCCUUUCCAGACACGCCCACUCUCAGUCCCGGGAGUUUUCCCUCCAACGUCACCUUCAUAAGGGGGAACUAUGUGUUGGACAGUGACGUGUUGUUGGAGACUCAGCGUGAGGAGUUCGACGUGAUUCUGUGUCUGAGUGUUACUAAGUGGAUUCACCUGAACUGGGGCGACGUGGGGCUCAAACGCUUCUUCCACCGUGUGUACCGUCACCUCCGACCCGGCGGCCUCCUCAUCCUCGAACCCCAGCCCUGGAGCUCCUACAGCAAGAGAAAGAAACUCUCGGAGGCGACCUAUAAAAACUAUUUCAGCAUCCAGCUGAAGCCUGAGCAGUUCUCCUCCUUCCUGACCGGUGAGGUGGGCUUCUCCAGCUACGAGCUCCUUGGAACUCCUAACAGCUCCUCUCGAGGUUUUCAGAGACCAAUCUAUUUGUUUCACAAAGGCCUUGCUGCUCAAAAGAGUGUGUGAUUGUUUGUGUGUGUCUGACUGAGUGAGUGUUGAUCAAGACAAGUGUGAUUGCCAGGGAAUUCACCACGCCCACGAGCACACCACUGCAGGAAGUCCAGCUGGGAAAGGCUUGCAUCACUUCCUGCUGAGUGUCAGGGACAGGGGGGAGGGAGGGAUGUAAAGGAAAAAAAAAAAACGUUUGUGUGUGAAUUUUGACGAGGUUUUUGAUUUCAUUUUUUUCUUUUAUGGACUGUUGGACUUUUGCUCGUCUCUCUGCAUCGGUUUGUUCUGAGAAUCAGUUACACGGGGCGUCGCAAUACACUUCAGCUGCAUCACGAUCAGUUCUGGUGAACGUGUUCAAAUUUUCAGAAGAUGAUGAUUAGAUUACAAAUCUGUAAGUAAAUGCAGCACUCUCUAAUCGGCAGGAAUUAUUGUUUUGAUAACAUGAUAUCAUUAAUGUUAAACGUCGUGUCACAUCAGCACAUGCCUCCUUUAUAAAGUUCUCCACUUCCUUCAUGGAUCUUUCUUUUUCUGUGAUUCAUUAACCUUCUAUGAAAUGCCCUGAUGUAAACAACGAACUGUGAUUUAGGAUCAGACCUGUGUCCUCUCACUUUAGGUUUUUUUUUUUUUCCUCUUCUGUUUAAACUCUUAAAUAAAUAAACAAACCCUUUUCCUGGAACCUGGUGCUUUAGACUCGGCUAAACCCCAUCUGUACUGCAUCCGUCACCGUCUUGAUCCCGGGCCGAAGUUUUUAUCACUGUAAAUGAUAUUCUAGCCAUCAGGACUCGCAGUGUUUCACCGCACACAUCACUGGCGGUUUGUUAGCGUUCCUGAGGACUGACCUGCAGUGAUUUCAGUUUCCGCAUGGUAAUAAAUACAAGUCGCAGGUUAGGCUAACUGUAUAAUCGAGGUCAUGUCAUCUCUACAUUUUAGCUUUUUUUUUUUUUUUUUUUUAAAUCCGACACAUAACAGUGUUUUUUCAGUCACGAUUGUAAAUUACAUAGCUGAGGUGUGUCCAGCCUUUUUUUUACAGAAAUAUCCUAAUUGACAAAAUCGCUACUGCGAGGGCUCAACCUCCAUUGUGUUUUAAACAGACGUUUAGAAAAUGUUUCCUCUUCUUUUUGUAAAUCUGUUGCUUUUAAACAGUGUACAUGCAGAAAAGAUGAACUGAGUGACAUCACUCUGCUGUUUUUUUUUUUAUGUUCUUUUUAAAUUGCAUUUUCACUAGACGCAACACGUCUCUGAGAUCAGAACAAAACUCGGGAGACGGACGAUGUCCAUAUCUUCUCUUUCUACUCGUCCACAACUUGAGUCAUUAUAAGCGAGGUAUUAAAUCCUUAACGGAUCAGAUGAAUGUUGUGUUAAUGCUCUAACAAACACCUUACUGAAAUUGGAUAAUAAAUUGAAUUUUGGUUUAAGA